AUGGCCCACCAGGAUGAAGAUCAUAUGAUUGAAGAAGACGAGGUGGAUGAAGGUGGAGGUAUCCAUCCAGGUGAUGGACAGCAGCAGGAGGAAGAGUGUGUCAUCAGUGACGAAGAUUUUGACACAGACCUGGAACUUGACAGAUUUCACAUGCGUAACUUGUCUCAUACAGGUACCAACGCUCUGGCCAUUUCCUUAGUAACCAACACCUCCAUCCUGAAGCUCAAUCUGCGAGAUAAUUGGAUGGAGGGAAUAGGCGGGGCUUCCAUUGCUGAUAUGCUCAAAGAGAAUUGCUACAUCACAGAAAUUGAUUUGUCUGAAAACCGGAUGGGUGAAUACAGAGCCAGGGCUCUGUCCAGCAUGCUGUUGGAAAACUCUACCCUAUUCUCUCUCAACCUCUCCGAGAACCAUCUGGACGAGCGAGCGGCCAGACACCUGUCCCCAGCUCUGAUCAGCAACCAGAAACUUCAGCACCUCGACCUGAGUCACAACAGAUUCGGAGAUAUAGCAGGUGGGAAAUCCUGCAUGGGCACUGCUAUUGCCGAGAACACGGGAAUGAAGUCACUCAAUCUGGCUUGGAACUGCAUUCGAGGAAAAGGAGCCAUUGCAUUUGCUAAAGGCCUGGAGGGAAAUAUCUUCUUGCGGACCCUGGAUUUGUCGUUCAACGGCCUGGGCAAAGAAGGAGCCGUGGCUCUAGAGGAAGCACUCAAACACAACAAUACACUGGAGGAUCUGAACAUCAGCAAUAAUCGCAUACCUCUCGAAGGAGCCAUCCAUUUCGCGUUGGGCCUCAAAGUGAACACGACUCUACGAGUUCUCAAAAUGUCUAGGAAUCCAAUGCAGUCAGCGGGAUGCUUCGCCAUUUUAAAAUCAGUUCAAGCUUCUCUUUUCUCGUAG